AUGGACAUUUUACGCGUCUCUUCGGGGAUGGAUGUGUUAACAAUCGGUGCAUCGAUUCCUGCGUCCUAUCCCGAUGAUCCUUCGUUGAUAUUUCUGGCCAGUGAGACUGACGUCUUCCCCGCUGGCGACUUGACCACAAUGCAUAUCCAGGAGAUGGAGACAGAAGUAAACUGCUACUGGAGAGAGAUGCCUUGCGAGGACGGACGCACAGCGUCUGACGAGACAGGAAUGGGAGUCUUAGGGGAGGUGCUUGCCGCAGGUAGUGAAAACAAGCCUGAGAACCUCCUGACCUGCCAACUCGCUCGUAUCGCCUCUUGUCUCCCCAUCUUUCUCACCAAGGACAACUCGGACAUCAAAGCUCUUUGUCCUCAAGGUGAUGUGAGAACAGCUCGGAUUGGUCGUCCGAUGGACGCGCAGACUUAUGUGAGCACGCGCACAAGCACAUGCACGUACACACGCACAUACAAAAUCUCUGUGAGGUGUGACCACGCUGCAGACCUCUGCGCCUCGCCAUGUGCUGCGGUGCGAGGCACAGAAGGGGGCGAGGAAGGACUGAAGGGAGUGAAGGUAGCAGUUGCUGCUGCUACUGCUGCUGCUGCCGGGGGACACGUCUUAUCUGCAUCCCACAUCUGGUUUACCUAA